GCUAGAGGCGGGUAGAGGCGCUAAGCGAGCAGUAUGGCGGACGAUGGAGACAGUUCGAGCGGACCAGUUGACACAAACGAUGCGCAGGGGGCAGCGGAUGAGUCGGAAGGGCUCGGCCUCGGCGGGAUGUUGCUGAAUAUCAGUGUUUUGUUUGUGGUUGCGGCUGUGUGUUUGGCGGUGUACCGGCGGUGGGGCAGGCGGCUCGGCUGUGGUCCGGCCCAGGGCGACGAGGCCUCGACGCUUCCCAAGAUGAGGAGACGGGACUUCACGUUGGAGCAGCUGCGGGAAUACGACGGAUUGCACAACCCCCGCAUAUUGAUGGCAGUCAACAUGAAAGUUUUCGACGUUACCAGCGGCAAAAAGUUUUACGGAAAAGAUGGGCCUUAUGGGAUUUUUGCUGGCCGGGAUGCCUCGAGAGGCCUGGCAACCUUCUGCUCGGACAAAGACGCCCUGAGAGACGAGUAUGACGACUUGUCAGACCUUACUGCUGUACAGAUGGAGAGCGUGAGAGAGUGGGAGAUGCAGAUUAUGGAAAAAUAUGAUUAUGUUGGGAGGUUGCUGAAGCCAGGAGAUGAGCCCUCAGAGUACACAGAUGAAGAGGACAUCAAGGACCACCUGAAACAUGACUGAGCAGCUCAACCAUACCGACCAAAGCCAGGAGCCCCAAACCGCUGCGACAGGCCGCCCCAGCCCCUCCUCCUCCGCCGACCCAUGAAUCUGCCUGCCACUCCCGUCCCCUCCACUCCUAACUCUUUACCUCCUGAGUCUGUCUGGUGCUGUGGCUGCUGUGGAAAGGCAGACCAGACCUCCCUCCCUCUUCAUCCUGUGAAGAUUACCACCAACAGAAUGCAAUUAAGAAGCUCAACACGGGCUUUUCAGUGACAGCAUCACAUCUGGCGACGUCAAAGGUUGUGUGCCUUUAGUUGUAUUUGUGAAGGAGCCAAAACAAAGCUUAGUCAUUUCUCCAAAGGGGAGAAGCGCGGCACGUUUGUCAAACGGUCGCUGCUGAGAGCUGGGCGGAGGCUGGUCGGCGGGUCUCUGUAGUCAGAAACACACGGGUCCCGGUGGAUCAGGAUGGGGAAA